AUGCCGCCAUUGCUACUAGAAGUUCCUAACUCCUCCAGUUAUGUUGAUCUCCGUCGCCUUUUAGCAUCUGGCGGAGCUACAUGUGUCUCAGGCUCGCCGCCAAGUGGACUCGAGAAGCAGCCGCAGAGCGCAGCGGUUGCCGACGAGAGCACUCUGCGAAAUCCGGGCCCCUGUCGGCGCAGCGCCAACUCAUUUAGGGCGCAGCCGCCUAAUCCCGCCCCCACGGCAGCGCGGCCCGCUGUUUGCUCAGGCCCCGGCGCGACGCACGCAGCACCCAGCACCCAGCAGCCGCCGAGGCGUCUUCCCGUUCCGGGCGGCGCGCCGGAUCGGCUCGAGUCGCUAUUAACGGCGGGCCCACAGCCUCUCCGCGCCCUCGGGCCACGCAGCGGGCGCCCCUCGCGGCCGCUGGCGCAGCGCCACGCCGAGCCGCCUUGCUGGCACGCGCCCCCGCGCCAGCCCGGAGAAUUAGUUCCUACCGCCGGCCGGCCGCAUUUUCCCUUUUUCCUCCUGCUGGCGCCAGUCCAGGCCGGCGUCCCUCGGUCUUCCAUCAUCUGCAGCCACUGGGCACGCCACACGGCAGCGCAGCCAGCGGCUCAGUGGAUCUGCGCCGGCAAGCAGGCUUAUCCGAUCAUUGCGAUAAAGCCGCAGUCGUCAAAAACCUCACACGGUGGAAAGCGUAAUCAUCGUGUAGCAGGUGUUGGGCGGCGUGCGCGCGUGCCUGCUGUGGAUACGCCUCUCUGCCGCGGGUCGGCAGACACGGGAUGGGCGGGGGCGGGCAGCGGCGGCGGCGGCGGCGGCGGCGGCGGCGCCUGUGUCUGCGCCCGCACCGCCGCGUAA